AUGGCUGAGAGGCUUGAGGGAGCAACUGGAGGAGAGACUCUUGGUAAGUAUCUCAAUGUAUUUGAACAGCUAAGAAGACAGAGAAAGGUCAAAAAGCAUAUGGAGCGUCAAGUAAAACAAAGUCUACCCAAAUCUGCCUUCAGUGAUGGCUAUCACAGAGGUGGAUUUGAACCCAAAAUGACAAAACAGGAGGCGGCACUAAUUCUGGGCGUAAGUCCUACUGCCAAUAAAGGAAAAAUAAGAGUUGCUCAUCAACGAAUUAUGCUUUUACAUCACCCAGGUAAGGGAAGAUCCUUUUACAGAGCAGCCAAAAUCAAUAAAGCUAACGAUGUGCUAGAAGGGCAAGCUAAAAAAAUGAAGUAA